AUGGUUAGUUUGUUAGAUAUUGUGUUCGUGGUUGCGGCGUUGGCCGCCGCCGUCUACUACUACCUGGACAAGAAGCGAUCCUACUGGAAGGAUCGCGGAGUGCCGGGACCGGAAAGUGAGCUGCUGUUCGGUAACUUCCGAACGAUCGGCACUAAGGAACACGUUACGGUGCCGAUGCAGCAGAUCUACAAGAGCUUUAAAGGAAAGCAUCCGUUCGCGGGAAUUUAUCAGUUUAUAAGACCGGUCGCUCUGGUCACCGAUCUCGAGCUGUUGAAGUGUGUGUUUGUGAAGGAUUUCCAGUACUUCCACGAUCGCGGAACGUUCUACAACGAGCGGGACGAUCCGCUGUCGGCGCAUCUGUUCAACAUCGAGGGCCAGAAGUGGAAGAAUCUGCGCAACAAACUGUCCCCGACGUUCACGUCCGGCAAGAUGAAGAUGAUGUUCCCGACGAUCGUGGCGGCCGGCGAGCAGUUUAAGGACUUUAUGGAGGAAACUGUUCGCAAGGAGAGCGAGUUUGAGCUGAAGGACCUGCUAGCCCGGUUCACGACGGAUGUGAUCGGUAUGUGCGCGUUCGGUAUCGAGUGCAACAGUAUGCGCAAUCCGGACGCUGAGUUCCGCAAGAUGGGCCGGAAAAUCUUUGAAAUAUCUCCCGGCGCGUUCCGCACCAUGAUGAUGAAUGGACUGCCGGAGGUUGCGAAGAUGUUGCGCAUGCGCCAAACUGACAAGGAGGUAUCGGACUUCUUCAUGAACGCGGUCCGGGACACGAUCGACUAUCGGGUGAAGAACAAUGUGCAGCGUAAUGAUUUCGUGGAUAUGUUGAUAAAGAUGAUGCGCAAGGACGAAUCGAACAAGGAGGACGAUUCGCUGACGUUCAACGAAAUUGCUGCGCAGGCGUUCGUGUUCUUCCUGGCCGGUUUCGAAACCUCCUCCACGCUGCUCACGUGGACGUUGUAUGAACUUGCGCUAAGUCAGGAGAUACAGGAAAAGGGACGCCAGUGCGUAAGAGAGGUGUUGGCAAAGCACGGAGGCAAGAUGACGUACGAGGCCGUCUUGGACAUGAAGUACCUCGAUCAAAUUCUCAACGAAUCGCUCCGCAAAUAUCCACCAGUGCCGGUACAUUUCCGAAUCGCGUCGAAGGACUAUCACGUUCCCGGAACCAAGUCGGUGUUGGAGGCGGGAACGGCUGUCAUGGUACCAGUACACGCCAUCCACCACGAUCCGGAGGUGUUCCCGCAGCCCGAGCGUUACGAUCCGGAGCGGUUCAGUCCGGAAGAGGAGUCGAAACGCCAUCCAUACGCCUGGACGCCGUUCGGCGAGGGUCCGCGGAUUUGCGUUGGCCUUCGGUUCGGUAUGAUGCAAGCGCGCAUUGGAUUGGCCUAUUUGUUGAACGGAUUCCGCUUUGCGCCGAGCGCCAAAACCAUCAUUCCGAUGACGCUGUCCACCGAAAGCUUUAUCAUGGCACCGAAGGGUGGCCUCUGGUUGAAGGUUGAUAAAAUCUAA